UAUUUCAUCUCCCACCUAAAAAAAAGAAAACUCACAUUUACUCUGUCCAGUGAUUUUGUGCUAUAUACAUAUUCAUGGUACGAACGCAGGUUUACGGAAUAUUACAUCUCGUAUAUUUAUAUCAUGCGUUGCGUUAUGCACGAUGCAUUCGAUCGUGAAGACUGCGUGCGCGGUCGACGAUUCUAACCUCGGUCGAGUUCGUGUAUCCUCGGUAUAAGUUAAGCAUAGUCAAGCUGACAGAUAUCAGCUGUUCCAGUAAAUAAACCGCUGUAUUUCAACAAUGGAUGGCGUUGAAGAUACUACACAGGAUUACCAAACAACGAGCGAGGAUGUCAGCGAGACGGACAACAGCAGCGAGUGCCUGUCUCAGCAGAGCGAGGGUGACGUGAAUUGGUAUUACAUGCUGGACUCAAUUCUCCUGAGCAUCUUCCAGUACCUGACACCGAAGGAGCUGAUGAUCGCGGGAGAAGUAUGCAGAUCGUGGCAUAGAGUAUCGCGCGACGAGUUCCUGUGGAAAUAUCUAUUUUAUCGGACAUAUAAAAUAGACCCGGACGUCGGCAUCAUGCCAGGAAAAACCUCUUGGUUAGGAGAAUUUAAACGUUUGGCAUACCAUACUCCAUUAAUAGAAACCGAAGUUCUUAAAGAGCAUUCACAUCAAGUAUUACAUGUGAGCUUCUCCCAUAAUGGCAAAAUGUUUGCAACCUGUUCAAAAGAUGGAUAUAUUUUUGUAUGGCAAAGUCAAUAUCCCGUUACCAUAAAAUAUUUGCAUGAUAUGAAGACAUUUAGUUGGAAAUACACACAAUUUUCCCAGUUUAAUUGUACAGAUACUUUACUUCUCGUGUCGGGUGUCCAUUUUGGUACACCUCAUAGUACUUCAGGAGAAAUAGCAGUGUUUAGAGUAGCACCUGGCUUUGACCUCCAAUGUAGAGUAGUGAAUAAACCAUAUGAUAUAUUUGGUACAUGGUACAGCGAGCGUUACCUUUUGAGUGGAAAUCUGCAUUGGUUGGCACACUUGGUCAGUACUAGUGUAGUUUGGCUUAAUAAGGCAAACCAGGAAUCAGCUAGUGAACAUGUGCCCAUUAUGACACAGCUUUUUAGAUUCUACAAUGGAAAUGCUUCCUCAAUUAGAGCAAUUAUGGUCGCUAAUUGUCUAGCACCUGCGCCAGCUGAAUCAACUGAACAACAGAGUCAACCGUCCUCCUCGAAUACAAAGGAAGAGAAAGGAAAUCCACCAAGUCACAAGGAUUUAUUGUCACCUUCGAGUGAGUCUAGUAGUUCACAAGAGCAGGAAGAACCGGAAAUACUACAUCACGCAUCAUCGAGAUUGCAAUAUAGUAAAUUAGAAGGUGGAUUUUCGAAUUGGAGAAAACUCGGUGAUGGUUUUGAAUAUGCUAGUCCUAUACAAUACAAUCAGGAAUAUAGACAGGUUGAGAUGCAGAAAAAGACGCAUGAAAGUGAUAGCGAAAGUGAGAAUCCGCAGUGGGAAGAAGAAAGCGAAUCUGGAGAAUCGUCAAUAAUCGAAGAGUGUGAUACAGACGAGUUGGCCAAUAAUCCUGAAAAGUUUCUUAUUUUCACAACUGGUUCAAAGACAUAUACUCCGCAUAAAGUUGGUUUUAAAAGGAUUAAGUUAGUCAGUUUUCCAAGAAGAUUGGAUCCAGGACCAUCGCUACGCGAAAGGAUAGCACAGCGGGAAAGAGAGCGGGAGAAUACUCCGUCAGUGGAAGACUGGCUAAAUUAUGAAUCUGUGGCAGAUAAAUUCGAUAAAAUAGAUCACCUCAUUGAUCUUCACGGUCAUAUUAUUGGAAUGGGACUUUCUCCUGAUCAUAGAUACCUUUAUGUAAAUACAAGGCCAUGGCCGAAAGGUUAUGUUAUUACUAAUCCGUUACAACCACCGCCGAUAGCUCAAGAAAUUGAUAUACAUGUGAUCGAUUUGGUGACUUUAAAACAAGUCGGUACAAUGUUAAGGGCACACAAAGCAUAUACGCCUAAUAAUGAAUGUUUCUUUAUAUUUCUGGAUGUAUGUAAUGAAUACGUAGCAAGUGGUGCAGAAGAUAAGCAUGGUUAUUUGUGGGAUAGACAUUAUGGAAUCUGUUUAGCAAAGUUUCCUCACAGUGAUGUAGUCAAUUCCGUAGCUUUUAAUCCACGCGAUCCUGAAAUGUUAGUUACAACUAGUGAUGAUUAUACGGUGAAAAUAUGGCGAAGUCGGGCUAUGGUGAAGGCCUUAGGUUUAGAUGAAAAUACCUUUCGCAAAGGAAUGGAGGUACGAAAGAGGCGCAGAUUUCAGAGAAGCAGUAAUAACAUUGAUUGACUAAAAACUAUUAAAUUUCCGAUUUAAACAUUUAUUUUUACAAGAUCUUAUAGAGAUAUAUUUUGCACUUAAGUUUGUACUAUACAAAACCGUCUAUUAGAAUAUCAUUAUGAUGUAAAAGCACAAAUAAUCAGAAUCUAUUUUUUGAUUAUCUGAAAUAUGCAAAUGCACGUGCAGACUUUCAUUUCUUAUAGUAAUAAAUUAUUAAUAGAAUAUCACUCAAUAAAUGAGUGUUAUUUGACAAAAGAUGAUUAAAAAUGUUGUUAAAAGAACGGAUAUCAUAAAGAAAUAUAUUGUUAUCGCGUUUAUUGUUAUAAGGCAAAAUU